AUGCAGAGCCUACAACAUCGUUUACCAAGAAAGGGUAUCGCAGCUCUUAUUGCGUCGGUGAAGGAGGCGUAUCGAAACAUGAAGACUGACACAGUGGAUUACAUCUUCCUGUCUCUACAGGCGUGCAUGCUGGAAAUCCUGCGACAGAAGGGAGGUAAUUUGUACAAGAUACCACACCUGGGGAAGGCAAAGCUCCGGCGAGCCAAGCGGUUGCCUGUUAGCUUGUCGUGUAGCAGGGAUCUAUACGCAAUUGUAUUGCUUAGAGCUGCUAGUCGUGGCAGCGCACUGAUUUCGAUUCUUCUUCCAUUUAACACUUUCAAUAUGAUUUGA